UCUCAUUUGCAUAUGUAAUUAUAUUGAGCUCGAGCUUCCCGCCCAUAUGCGCGUCAUCCACUUUUUUAAAGAAAGAUAAUACAAUAUGUAAAUAUCAGCCACGCGGGUUACCUAAACUCACUGAAUUUUCCAUCACCUUUAAGUUUUUAUUUACAUUGUUUGAGGUCAACACCUUCUCUGAUUUGAUUGGCUAACACGUGAUAUACCUAAUUUGCAUAUUGUAUAGCGCGACUCCCGCCCAGCUAGCAGUGUAUUUCGGAGAUAUGGAUGAGCUAAAUUCUCUAAAAGAAGCAAUAAUCAUUUAUUUAGACAGAAGUGGUGGAUUAAGUAAACUCGUGGAAGACUGUAAAGUCUUUAAAGGUUUGUUUAAAGUCGGAUUCAUUAUUACUUCAUUAAAAUCCCUCAGCAAACAGCAGCUGAACUAAAAUAAUAAUAUAACGCAAUGACUGUUUACACACUGAAAAAAGCGAAACAUGUUUUUCAGGUGGACAGGAGGCUGUGUAUCGGUUCAGUUUUGAGGUAAAUCCCUCAGAUGUGCUUGAACUGGAUGCCACACUGGGAGACUGUAUACUACACGACCCUGUCAAAGCCGUUUCACUCUUUCAGUUUGUUAUCUGUCUAUAAAUACACUGUCGCUUAUUGACCACAUUGAAACAGAAAACCAGGUUAAUGUUGUUUUAAAGCCCACCCACUUGCCACCUUUUCCCAACUAUUGUUUGGAUCUCUCUGAGUUUCCCCGUGGGUAUGGUCCCAUGAGACCCUUAGCUUUGGAGGGCCUUGUAAUUGCCAUGACACGUGUCACCAAAUACACACAAGGAGCCAGAUUUCUCUGCUCAGAAGAGAAAUGCCCCCGCUCUAGAGGGUUUCAUCAUAUCAGAGUUCAUGCACCAGGUGCCACGGAGUCUGCCACAGUUAGGAACGAUUUUACCUGCUUUCUCUGCUCUUCUCCACUGAAAGAGGAUGUGAAGUCUCGGGUUUUAGGGGAUAAACAGCUAGUUGAGCUCAUUCAUGUGAGAGCAGUGGAUGUUUUGGGAGUUCAUGAUGCUGCUUCCUUAAGAUAUCAGUCUGUUACCCUUUUUCUAAGAGAUGAACUCUGCAACUCCAUGAGAAUCGGCCAUCUGUACCAAGUUGUGGGGAUUCCAGCUCAUGUGCACCAGUGGCCCAAUGUAACCUGGAGUGUAGAGGCUUGCAGCGUUCGACCAUGGACCCCCAAAUGCCCCUGUUUGGUUAGCAACAACUUCCAGAACCUUCAGACAGCCAUGGCCUGUUCCCCAUGGAGGUUUGCUGCUAUUGUAGCCAACUCAUUCGGUUCCUCUGUGAUCCCACCUGGACUCUACAACACAUUAAAACUGGUGCUACUUCUUAGUUUGGUGCAAACUGAAGAUAAUCCAGACUCUCCCAACCACCUGGAUGUGCUUGCUCUCACCAGUGAGACUCUAAUCAUUGACAGGUUGAUGAGAUAUAGCCUGCCCUUGGCCUCACGUGGCAUUCAUCAUACACUGACAGGAGAGCUGUUGGCAUCUCUGUCUAGAGAUGAACACGGAGCUGGUACCGCCAACAUCCAUGCAGGUUCCGCUUUGCUGGCAUCUGGAGGUGUCUGUCUUUUGGGAGAUAUCACUAACUACAAGAAAGACAAGAUGGACAUGCUUCAGUCUGCUCUUGAAAGCAGAGCAGUGUCCGUUUUCAUUCCUGCCAAGAAAUAUGGGGAUGAUAUGGACCAGCAGCUCUCCUUCCCAAUCCAGUGCAACUUUUGGGCCCUAGCUGAUUCUGCUUCCCCCUCCAAGAGGACAGCCAGAUGUGAUAAUGUGGUGCUGGGUUCUGUGGAAAUGGGCUCAGUUUCUCUUCAGCUCGCAGAGUCAUUUGGACUCAUAGUCCAGUGUCGAGAGACAAGCAGCAAUCAUCCACUCCUGUCUAUGACUGUGCAUACUCUGAGACAGGCCACGUCCCCAGUAGAGCCCCUAUAUCCAGCAUGCAUGCAGUUUACAACACAAGACUAUAAAGAGCUCUUGGCUCAUGCAAGGCAACUAAAGGUGCAAAUGAGUCCUGAGGCUGAAAGGAUGAUCCACAGUUAUUACAUGACCAGUCGGAGGAUUCGUUCAGACUUAACACAGAGAUCCACCGUUUCAGUCACUUCUAUCAAACUGCUGAUUACUCUGGCUCAGGCUCAUGCUAAACUCAGUUUAAGAACACAAGUUCUAGAAGAAGAUGCAGUCAUCGCAGUUCUGCUGUGUGAAAGUUCAGUCACCCUAAAACAUGGUUAGUUACCCCUUUU